CACAAACCAUUGCAAAUGGGAAAAAAGUACAAAUGUCAAUGUAAAUUUAUACCUGUGGGUUUUGGUCCGAGACAUUCGAGUAAACCUAGGUUAAAGUUGAGGUUCGGAAUCAGAAGUGGUUGUUGUGCUACAGUUACGAACAUGGCCUUCACUGAAACCCCUUCAACUUGCAAAGUCAUUGAUUCCCAUCUCCACGUGUGGGCUUCACCUCAAGAGGCUGGUAGAUUCCCUUAUUUUCCUGGUCAAGAACCCACUUUACAAGGAAAUGCCGAUUUUUUGCUCCAGUGUAUGGAGGAGGCAGGAGUAGAUGGUGCACUCAUUGUGCAACCAAUUAAUCAUAAAUUUGAUCAUAGUUACGUCACAAGCGUUUUGAAGAAAUACCCGACCAAAUUUGUUGGCUGUUGCCUUGCUAAUCCAGCUGAUGAUGGAAGUGGGCUUAAGCAAUUUGAAGAUCUUGUUUUGAAGGAUGGUUACCGUGCUGUUCGAUUUAAUCCGUAUUUGUGGCCAACCGGAGAAAAGAUGACAAAUAAAGUUGGAAAGGCAAUUUUCCAAAGGGCUGGAGAACUCAAUGUAGCAGUGGGCUUCAUGUGUAUGAAGGGGCUUGGUCUGCAUAUUUCUGAAAUUGAGCAACUGUGCACAGAAUUUCCUUCAACAGUAGUAUUGCUUGACCAUUUGGCCUUUUGCAAACCACCAAUAAAUGAUGAGGAAGCUCUUGUCUUUUCUCAACUUUUAAAUCUGUCUAGAUUCCCACAAGUACAUGUGAAAUUUAGUGCCCUUUUCAGAGUGUCAAGAGGACAGUUUCCUUAUCUGGAUUUGUCUGCUCUCUUAUCCCAAGUUGUCUCUCACUUUGGUGCUAACCGUGUAAUGUGGGGCAGUGAUUUUCCAUUUGUUGUUGCUGAAUGUGGUUACAAAGGAGCCAAAGAAGCAGUGCAUCAUAUUGCCAAUGAGAUCUCUUUGCCUUUAUCAGAUUUAGAGUGGAUCAUGGGAAAGACAAGUACACAUCUCUUCCAAAACCAAUUGACUCCACUCAAGAACUGAGAGUGGGGAUGCUCUGUGUUCUAUUAAAAGUUUUUAACUGUUAUAUCAUAAUUCAGAUGUUGAAUAUCAAUCAUAACUGUGAAAGCAGUGAAGCUAUGUUUUUUAAAUUGUCUUACCAAACAUUAUACACUGUAAUACUGAGAUUGAUUUGGAUUUUCUGGUAGAAGUAAA